AUGUGGAAGGUUAAACCCCCCGUCACGUUUCCUACAGAGAGCAGGCACAGAGCCGUCCUGGAGAGUUUGGCACCACCUGACCCCAUGUCCCGGUUCCAUUUAAGGAGAGGAUCUCCUGAAGAGGAGUAUCCUGAUCUGCGCAGGAACUGCACCUGGAUGGGACGGAUCCUUACUCCAGCCAUGUACAGCCGUCAGUUCAACCGCUGCACCAACAGUGGAGUCAUCUUUGACGACGUUAUUCGGCCCGGCAUCGAGGAACCAGGUGAUUUCUCAGACCCGAUAAGUGUUGGCUGUGUUGCCGGGGAUUCACAGUCCUACGUCCUGUUUUGUGACUUUUUUGACCGAGUCAUUGAAGCACAUCAUGACCACAAGAUCACCAGCCAGACCCCAAAAAGUGACUUCAACUAUAACAACUUGAAGGGGGGUGAUGACUUGGACAGGUCUUAUGCUGUACGUUGUGAGGUCAGCGUGGUUCGAGGUGUUGAGGAUUUCUGCUUCCCAACACACUGCAGCCGAGGAGAGCGCCGGCAGCUCCUCUUGUUGGCCAAGACAGCACUGCAGAGGCUGGAAGAAGAGCUGCCAGGAGAUCUCCUAUUACUGAAGGAGCUGAGCCAGGAGCAGCAGCUGAAGCAGAAUCUGAAGCCACCAUCUUCCUUGCAGCUCCGCAUUGGUGUAGCCCGGGACUGGCCGGAUGCUAGGGCCGUCUGGGUGAGUAAAGAUGGAAGCUUCAUGGUCUGGGUCAACAUGGAAGACCACUUGAAGCUAGUGUCGGUGUGUCAUGAUGCCAACGUGGCUGAAGCUUUUAAAUCUAUUUGCAUCAACCUGCAGAAGCUUCAGGAGUACUACAGAGAGCUCAGGCACCAGUUCAUCUGGAAACAGCAACUGGGAUGGGUGGCAAGCUCUCCGGCUGACGUGGGAACAGGUCUGAGGAUCAGCAUCUACCUCCAACUGCAACACCUUCCCUAUCACAAACGCCUCCAGGAUGUCCUGAGGAGACUGAGGAUGUGCAUGGACAAAACAGAAAUCUCUAGACAACACCGAGUCAGCAAUGCUGCAACCUUUGGCCUAAGUGAGGUGGAGCUGACUCAGCUGGUGGUGGACGGUGUCCAGCUGCUCAUUGCCAUGGAGAAGAGGCUGGAGAAGGAGCAAGACAUCCACGAGCUUGUUCCAACACAGAAAUGA